ACGUAAGAUUAUAAUUUUAAAAUUUAUAUGCGCUUUUGCAUGUCAUAGUCUACCCACGUGAUGCCACUACGUCAUUAAGAAAGAAGUUAUGACAGGUUCGGAGGUGUCAUAAAUAUUUAGUGAGGUUGUUGUACCCGAUCUUGGUAAAGAGGGCUUCGUGAAACGGUUAGCGGACAAGUAGCUCACUAUCUCCGAUUUAGUCAAGAAGUUAGACUUAUGACGGUGUUGAGAAACGGGCCCCAGUGUCUGUACUGUAGCUGUGCGCAGCUGGGUUUGUGCGCUGGCGCUGGCUUCAGCUAGCCUGGCAUGCGUGAAACACGGAUCUUGAAGUUCGGAUUGUAAAUCAACCCAGGAAUCCAACUGAGAUUUUUUAGCUUGUCUAAAUCGAUUUAAAGAUGUCACAGCCAUACAGUUCAUCAGGGUUUUAUAUGACACCAGUCAGCAAAGCUCUCCUGAUUCUUGGAAGUGCAAUAUCCUGCUGUUUAGUUUUACUUGGUCCAAAAUACCAGAACUACUUUGUCUAUUCCAAUGACUUUCUGUUAGCCGGUAGAGAGCUAUGGCGGCUGCUGACCUGCAAGUUGGCUUUUCUUGAGAUUCAUUCGCUGCUCCUUGGAGCCUCGCUAAUGUAUCAUUUCAGAGUAUUGGAAAGGAGAUAUGGAUCAGCGAAAUUCAUAUCGUUUCUUUUAGCCAAUAGUGUAUUCUCUGUCGGGGUGGAAGCGGCUACUAUAUUCGCCCUUGAGGCACUGGAGUAUCGGGUGUUGCCUCAGACUUUGUGUGGACCACAAAGCAUUGUAUUGUCAAUGUUUGUUCCAUUCUUCAUGGACAUUCCUAAUGUUUCUACACAAACUCACUUCCUGGCUGAUGUGAUGGCAGGAAAGUGGAUAUCCUACAUUCUGGGUGUAUAUCUGACAACUCUGACACAUACCACACCUGUUGCUAUUGCCUAUGGAAUCAUGGCAGGAAUUCUUUAUCGUCUAAACUUCCUGUACGUCAAGAAUUGGGUGAUGAUUCCCAAGGCGAUGGCUUCAUUCUCUCAAGGUUUGUUUGGUUGGCUGCUUUCCUCACGACCACCAAGCGAGGGGGCUUUACCCAUGGGUGCAACGCUGGAGAUUCAGAGACAGCAGAGGAUGGAGUUGUUGGAGCAGAGGAUGCUACUUGCUCAGGCUCAGAGGUUUAGGAGUAUCCAUAGACAGAAUGCUAUUAGGAGACCUAUAAGACAGACAUUUCCAUUGAGGAGGAAUGAACAUAGCAGCAGCCCUCAUCAACAGAAUAGCAUGAGGAAUGGUGAACAUAAUGGUGGUGUGAACUUCCCACCACCAAAUGGGUCAACACCCCCCUCUACUAAUCCACCUUCUCCAUCACCCGUACCUAUCUCACCCUCUACCAGUAGAUCUCAUGGUAGCUCUUUACACGGAUCAGAUGCAGAAGAAGAUAAGAUACAGCAACUUGUUGAUAUGGGAUUCAACCGCGGCGCUGUGAUGCAAGCUCUGAGUAUGUCUAACAAUGAUGUCACUAUGGCAACAACAGUACUUCUUCAGGAAUGAGCCAAUCAGAAGCUUGGUUGCAUUGAUGUGCAAUAUUACAGAUAGACUUGGUACUGAAUCUCAAACUUUAUAUGGCCUAUUGGUUCAUUUCUGCUAUGUUGGUUCAACUGAAUUGUACAGUCAUCAAUAUGGAUCCCAAGUCGUUGGAAACAAGUGAUGUAGGGCCUAUAAUUAAAAAAGUUGCCAAUUUUAUCAUUUGAAAAUAUCGCAAUCAUCCAUGAAAUUUGAUUACUGCUGCUAAUGUUGCAAUUACUGAUCUAAUAGAUUAAAAGUAGAAUAAAUCUAAUAGCAUUGUUCAGUUUUGUGAAAUAUGAAGUGCAGCCUUUUUAGAAUGAACCUUCAAAAUUCUUUGAAGAUCUCUAAAGCCCUGGUAACAACCAAUUGAGCAUCCCUGCAGGUGUGACCUAUGGUGAAUGUUGUAGUAAAUCCUUGCAGUGCUUACUCAGAUCUGUACUUGAUCACCAAGUACACAGGAGCAUGCAGAAUACAUAAGGUGGCAGUGGAAUAUGCCCAUUUAAUACUGUAUGUGGAUUUAAACGUGAUACACACAGUCAUUAUACCUUCUGCCCACACCUCUUAUGUCUGAAAUAUAGGCGAUGUUGGACACCUGAACUUAAAAUGGUUCUUUGACAUGUACCCAGUUUAAUUUCAGCCCUCUACUUUCUCUUGAAGAUUUCUAAAAUGGUCAAUUCAAAUAGUCUAUGGUAACUAGCAGCCCAAGACAAGACAAAGAUAUGUGUGACUGGAUGAAACAACAUGAAAUUUAACAAUCACAUAAAUUUGUACAGAGUUGAUUGCAGCUGCCGUACAUAUGUAUACAAAGCCAUUUAUAACGGGCUGCAACCAGUGCUUUAGACGUUUAACCAGAUUAAACGGAUGUUAUAUUUUAUUCAACAUUAUGAACCAUUCAAAAGACCAGUCUUGCUCUCCAAAAUGUUAAUUUUUUGGUAUGAAUAAUUUGCUAUGCAUUGCCUCUCUAUUUUUUCUAAUAAUUUAUUUCUGUCUGUAGAGCAAUUGGUUUUAUAAAAUAUAUUUUUAUAAUGAAUUGUAUAUGUUUUCUAUGACUACAUGUAAUGCACUUUCACAAUGUUUAAGGAUAUCUAUUGAAUUUAGAGAGCCAAGUAAUCCGUUACAUGUAUCCAUUUAGCUGCAUGUUGUUUUGCAAGUGCUGAAGAAACUAACAUCACAUAAAAAGGACUCUUUAGCUUUUCAGCUUUUUAUAUACAUCUCGGCAGAGCAUGGUGAAGAAUAUCCAUAACUAAUAUUUGGUGGUAAUAUCUCCCGAGGGGCCCAUGAUGUAGCCAUAUGAAUGCAUAAUUAACCCUAUAGGAAUAGCAAACAAAGUUAUGACAUUUUAAAGAUUUGCAUUAUUUCGGUGUUCAGCAGUUUUAUGCAUGUCUUCAUGAAUAUUUAAUUAGCAAACUGAUUAUUCUUUUGUAUUUUAUUACAUUAGAUUAUUUUUAUUCAAACUUUGUCCUCUGAGAAUGAAAAUAAAUGGAUAGACAACAAAAUACUAAAAAACAACACAGUAUAACAUUUUCAUUAUUUUAAAUGUGUAAUUGUUAUUUCCCUUUUGCUCUAUAAUCAUAAAGUCUGCAAUAAUCUUAAGUAAAUAUUAAUACGUACAUGAAUAUAUAUUACUGAUUAAUCAUUGCAGUUGUACCAACCGUAACACCCUACACAAAAUAAUAUACAUCAUCACAUCUUAGUUUUGAUAAAGUGUAACUAUAACUUUUUACAGUGAAAUUCUAUAUAAAUGUAAUUAGAAUAACACUAAGAAAUAUCAUAAUCAAAUUGAUAACCGAUCAUCAUGCUCAUAUAUGUAUCUAAACACGAUACACAUUGAGCAUAUGUGAAAAAAAUACAAAAAUCUUUAGUUCCAUAUUUCCCAUGGUAAUUCAAUUCAUUCUUUAUUUCACAAAUAAGAUAAACAUACCAAGUUGUAAUCAGUUAAUACACAAUCGCAUGGCUUUCCAUGAAGGUUAUAAUAAACAGUAAGGCUGGAUGGCCUCGCUCGAUAGUCCAUAGUGAAACAACAUUAAUAAUACUAAAACACAAAAUCUUUUGCAUGGGUGGAAAUCUGUCCCGAAAGGUAGGGGGGACCAGGGGCUGGGAAAUUUGACAAGCAAAAAAAAAAGUUUUCACCCUAAAUGUAAGGUCAUUUAUU